UUUGUCAAAACAGUCGCAACUGUCAAACCUCGCAGAUCGCUGCUGAUGUGUUGUUAUUUUUUUAUCACUUUUCCAUCGUCGUCACCGCGGUCUGUUGGUGAAAAUAAUUUUCCUCUUUUCCUCCCCUGUUGAAUUAAUCGUCUGGAUUUUGCGUCGCGCGUCGGAAAACUCGCGGAAAGUAUGCGCCCGGCAUCAUGAUAACGUUAUUCUGGUUCCUGGUCAUCAUCGUGCUGAUUUAUUUGGGAAUUACCUGGUUUCUCCCGCAAUGCAUCGGCUACGUCUUGAAGCGCAAGUUCAACAUCAAAAUUCGCUUCGGUCGGAUUGGUUUACCGUUUUCCCUGCGGGAUGUUAACAUCUGCAAGAGUGGCUUCUCGGUGCAAAUUGACGAAAUCUGCAUCCGGAGCAGUUUCUUCAACUCCGAGGUCACCAAGCUGCUGUCGAUCAACAUCCGCGACAUUCGGGUGAACAAGGACAUCAACCGCCGUCAGCAGCAGCCACCCUCUCCGACAGCCUCGCAAAACCAAAAUGCCUUCGGUGGUAGCGGCCCGUUCGGGACGGGGCCGGGAACGGCCCCAGGCACGCCAGCCGGCGGCGGUUCGGACUCGUCCGCAGCCGCCGGCCGUCGGAUUCUGGACUUUCGCGAGAAGAAGGUCCACCCGAUGAUUCUGAAGUUUGCGCAGUUCAUGGCGGUGCACAUAAAUAACGUUUCGAUUGCGCUGCUGAACAAUGACCACGAUCCGGGCUGGUUGCUGCACGCGACCGCCAAGGAACUGCACCUGGACGGUAGCAUUAUGCACAGCACGAAGACGAUGCUGGUUUCGGCGGCACUUUGCGAUGCGCAGGCGAAGAUCUUGCGACACUGUCCGGCUUCGACGAUGGGGAAGAAGUCGGCGGAAAAGUGUCAACCGUGUUUGGGGGAGCUGAGCUUCGGGAUUGCCCUGGAUAGCGUGUUGGUGGCGCAUGGGCCGAUCUCGCUGGAGAAGCUUCAGAUGGCGAUGACCAACACGAAGAUGGUGCUGCACGGGGGUCUGUACGAGUUUAUCAAGGAUGCCCAAAGUCAGAAGCGACGUCAUCAGAUGUUUUUACGCCAGAAUAGUGUGAGUUUGGAGCAGGUUCCUUGUGUGGACAGGGAUGGUGGAGAUGGAAGCGAAGCGUACCUCAGGAUUGCACCGAUUAUUCCGAAGAAUUUCGCGAUUAAAAUCGAGAACACAACCGUAUCGGCGGUGCGCGAGAACAGUUCGAACGACUUUUCGGUGACACUGCAGACGUUUACGAUUUCCGGUAAGUUUAGCAAUCGGAACAUUUCCGACGAAUUUCGACUGCCGAUGUUUUACGUUGGGACGCAGCUGCAGCAGCUGGAGAUUGACACCAUGCAGGAGAAGCUGCUGUUUUUGGAGCAGUUUAGCGUCGAUGCCAAGCUCGAGAAGAACCUGGUUAACGUUUACUCGAAGCUCAAGUCGUUCCGGAUGAUCUACCACCACAAGGAGAUUUACGGGUGGAUCAGUAAAAACUUCUUCCAAAGUGAGCGCAUGGCACGGCAGAUGAAUCCGAAGAGUUUGAAGCUGGCAACGGCGGCUAGCGCGAGCGGGGUUAAAAGCGGUGGCGCGUUGGAAGAGUUUCUAAAGCGAGUGGUGAUCACUGGAUGUGCCGAGUUGUGGAACGUUACUUCGGUGUUCAAAUUUGGACCGCAGGAAGUGUCCUCGAUCUGUUGCAAUCACACGAAACUUUUGCUGGACCAAUUUGCGGACACUCGGAGCAGCGUGUACGAGAAUCGGCUGCUGAAUUUGGUGCUCGAGAAACGCCACUGGAGUGCGGAGUUGAUGAUCGAGUCGCUGUGGUGGUCCCUGAACGGCAGCAUUUCCCACAAAGACUUUGGUCAGAGUUUGAAGAAGAGCCACAUCCGUGGAAGCCCGUUUUACGUCGGGGUAAGUUUGAUCAAGCUGAGCAGCUAUGGCGAUGCGACCAAGUUGGAUUUUACGAUACACACCUUCCGGACGGAGUUUAGUCCCGGUUUGGCGAUGUACCUCGUGCAGGCGAAGCAAUGUCUGGAGCAGUACCGCUCGUCGGAAUUCGCUAGACGGAAGUCAAUCCAGCAACCUUCGGAAGACAGGGAUGAUCCGCCGGACAUGGAGAACUGUUCUCCAUCGAAGCGACCAAAGCCCGGGCUGUUGAUCAACGCCAAGGUCACGGACGUGACCGCAUUCUUCUUCAACAAGUACGAAACGUGCGUGCUGGCCAACUUGAACGAACUGUCCCUGGCCAAGACGCCCACCAUCAACGUGAUCAAGCUGGAUCAGUUCCACAUGGAGGUGCUAGACUUUAAGAACAUUUCCGGCUCGGAGUUUGCCUCCGCUGAGCUGCAGAACAUGUUUGCCAACUUCAAGGUAAUUCGGGUGGAGUUUACCCAACAUCCGAGGCACCCCAAGCUGGCCAUCCACUUCCUGGAGGACACCGGCGCGAUGUGGAACGCGAACCUGCACAUGCACGUGGUAACGCUGUUUGGAGAGAUCAAGGAACUCAAGGAAGCGCUGAAGCGAAAGGAGAUGGCACAACCCCCACUUGAGCUGCCGGAAGCUCCCAAGGUUUCAUCGGGAAGUGACCGCCGAUCGUGGGUCAUCGACGUGUACGCCGAAGGAAGUGCGGAGUUUGCGAUCAAGAUCAGCGAUCGCCACUCGAUGCAGAUCUUCAGCGAGAAUCUGUACAUUAGUCGGAAAGAGCGAUGGUUCAUUUCGUUCGAGAACAUUUUCAUCAAGAUUGACGAUCAGCACAUUUUUACCUUCAAGGACGUGGACAGUCACCAGCUGGCGGAGAUGGACGUGCUGAGGGCGGAGAGGAAGCACUACGAGAAUUUCCGGCAGGCGAACAACAAAGUUUGGGCUACCUCGAUCGGUGUGGUGAGGAUCAUCUUUCCGUACGAUCACGACUUUUACGGUGCGAUCGUGAACGAGUUUGUGUCGAUCUACAAGUGGUUGAAGCUGAUUCAUGGAUACAAAAAGAAGUCAUUCACGCAGGAUUCGCCACUGCCGAGUGACAUGUUUAUCCAGAUCAAAGAGUUCCUGAUGGAGAUGAGUGACGAUCCGUUCGAGGUGAAACUUCGCGACAACUAUGUUCUGCUGUUGGACGAGUACAACGAAUCUGUUAAGCGGAAAGAGUUGUUUGACCAGAAAAUUGCGCAGCUUUGCGCGGAACGGCUGAUCUUGCCAGGUGGGAAACUGGACGAGUUGAACGCGAACUUGAUCAAGAAAAACUCGGAGAUUUACAUUCAACGGUCGAAGAAGCUGGCCGAAACGGGCCCACCUCGGACGCGACUGAUCGCUUGGAUCAUGACCGAUCUGGAGAUUAUGGCGAUGGCCGAUCCGUCCGUUCACGGAACGGAAAAUGCCGUCAACAUGAUACGGGAGAUUGACGGGGAGAGUCCUUGGCCGGAGGAAGGGAUUGAGUUUGUGACGCUGUGGUGUCGAGCGGUGAAUGUGAGCUGUAGCGAGUGGAAGUUUAUGCUCAGGGAUUAUCCACAGCCGAUGUUCCACGUGAAGGCGAUGCACCUGUUUGGACAUUUGGCCGGUGCGGAGAUGGCACCACCGAGAAGGGCUAAGCGGGAUGUGGAUAUUGAAAUUGGGGAUCCCUUUGGGACGCACACGAUCCAGCGGAGUAUGACCUCGAUCAAGUUCUACCAUGACUUUGACUGGGAGUUGGAUUACUUGGCGUACGCGUUCGGUCCCUGCUGGGAACCGGUUAUGGCUCAGUGUAAUCUGAUGAUGGAAAAGAUCUCCGCCCCGUCCAGAGAUCCCAGUCCUCCGCUACCCUUCUGGGACAAGAUGCGAUUGUUGAUGCAUGGUCGACUUACGAUCAUAGCGAAGCAGUUCACAAUCCUGCUGCAUGCUUCGCUCGAUCCGUACAACACCACGGAAGAAAUGGAACUGACCUGGAACAACUGUGGCAUCGUCUACACCAACGCCAAGAUUAUGUUCAAAGGAGACCUGAACGUGUUCGUACGAACUGCUUCCCGGUACGACGAUUGUCGGCUCCUCCAUCUCCCGAACCUCCGGCUAACCUUCAAACUAAACUGGAUCUGCCUGGCAAACCCCAACGAUCAUCACGCCGUUAUCCCCUGCGCCCCGGACAAACUCCCGGAAUACUCCAGCAACCAGGUGCACGACUCCUUCCGGGCAUUCCGCUCGCAAAACCUCAACAUCUGGGUCUCGUUCGAGAUCAAGCAAACCGAUGUGGACGUGCCAAACCUGGUCCUGUACGGCAGCACGCUCCGCUGGUUCGAGAGCCUCAAGCUGAUCCUGUCCGGCGUGACUCGGCCAACGCGUCGCGGGCCCGUGUUCAACAACGUCCGACCGCGCAAGAAGCAACUGAGUCGGCACUACCGCAAGGCGAACCUGCAGAUGAGUCUGCACAAGUUCCAGAUUUACUACUGGAUGUCGCACGCGCUAAAUCGGGGCUUCCAGCUGAACGGAGGCCGGAUUACGCUCAGCUCGGAGCACACGCUGACGCUUUCGCCGAUCGACGACGGGUUGAUUCACCGACCGCGCGCCGAUUGGGCCAUCAUGUACAUGAACUGCGAGCUGAACGAUGCGGAGAUUUGGCUGCGCACGACGACGGUGAGCGAUCGGACGGACGGGAGCUCGGAGAGCAUCUCCAACUCGAACGGGGACAUUUGUCGCUACUACUUCCUGAGCGUGGCCCGCGUGUCGUACGGCCGGGAGGCACUUCUGGCGAAUGGGAACGAGCGCGAAAAGGACACGCCCACGCACAAGCUGGUCGUGUACGACCUGAAGGGCGCGUGGACCAAGGACAACCGGGACGUGGCGUUCGCGUUGUUCGAUUCGUUCAUGAAGAGUCAACGGUUGAAGAACAACCUGUCGACGGAAUCGCUGCAGAGUUUUCGCAAGGAGGGCAACAAUACGCCGCUGAAGUCGUCCCGGAACAGUCAGGACAAGGGAACGGCGCAGCAUCACUCGGAAGGGGGAGCGGGAGGACGGGGCAGUCAGGGUCACAUCAGCAAGAGGCAGGAGACUUCGGAUGGGCUUGUGAUGCUGCAGCAGUUGAUUUCGGAGGCGGACCACAAGUCGGUGGUGUUUAGUGACGACUUGUCGGCGCAGACGAGGCAGCAGCAGUUGAAGGGACUGCAGGCUUGCCAGGACGGGGACGUGUUGCACUACAAUUGGUUCAUUUCGUUGGUCAACUCUCAGGUGCUGCUGAAGGGUUGUGAAACUUCGGGGUAUGUGAUAUUGAGUGCAGCCAAGGCGGAGAUUCUGCAGCGGGUGCAUCGACCUGUUUGGCGGGAUCACACGAUCGUUUCGAAGACGACCUGGGUGGGAUCGCUGGAGUGCAUGCAGUACUACGCGACGGUCAGUGCGGAGGACGGGGACACGCGGGAAAUGGCUGAAAUCAUGUGGCUGACGGUGGACAACAUUCAGGAGCGCGAUAGGGAAGCGACUGUGAUAAACGAGUUUCCGGACUUGCCACAUCUGGUGGGGAGCGGACAGAGCGUUGGCGGUGUUGUAUCGGAGACGGUGGGUGGCACCGGGGAGAGUUAUCCCGGAGGGAAGUCACCGAUUCAGCUGCAGCGGAUCGUUUCGCGCUGUAAGUGUGAGUUCUUCUAUGUGAGCUAUGGCGAUACCAGUAUUGAUCCGGGAACUAUCAGCGAAGUUCCGCCUCCACCGGUGGAGGAGAGCUUGAGUCCCUGGGAGAAUCAGGACGAACCGGUAGACGCCUUCACGUUGAUGCACCACGAUCUGGACGUGUGCACCAACUCGCUGCAGUACGCCAUGAUCUUGGACAUUGUGAACAAUUUACUCUUGUACGUGGAACCACAAAGAAAGGAAGCCUCAGAGAGGCUGGCGAGGAUGCGAUUCCAGCUUCAGCUGUACAGCAUUGAAGAUCAGAAACGUCCCAUUCAGCACGUGCAAACGGAGAUCAGAAGCUUAAUGUCGCGGAUUCGUUGCCUGGAAAAGGACAUGCAUUUCAUCACCAAAGCUCGAUUGGAGGAGGGGGACAACGAUGAGUUGCGGCUCGAGUAUGACGAAGUUCAUAAAAUUAUCCGGGAGUACAAGGAAAUGUUGACGAAUAAGAGUGACGAGCUUGACAUGAUGCUAUCUUGCUACAACGAAACUCAGCUCUCUGCUUCGAACCGUCUAGCCACCAUCCGGAAGGAUAAACCUCUGACGAUCGUGCGUGCUAACGAAAUCUGCUUCAAACAUGCCCAGUGGAGGCUGACCGAAGCGGAUGGUCAGAUCGGCAUUGCAGAUCUAAUCCUGAGCAACUUUUUGUACACCAAAAACUCCAAGAGUGACGACUCCGUCGAUCAUCUGCUCGAACUAGGAUACAUCCGGAUCAACAAUCUAAUACCUCGCGACAACUACAAAGAAGUGCUCUGCCCAACGGAAAUCCAACGCGACAUGCCGGUCGACCACAAGCGCGUCCUGCGGGUAUUCUGUCGUGAGAAGCCUCCCGUCGGUGGCAUCAGCGUCAAGGAACACUUCGAGAUCAACGUGGUCCCGAUCACGAUCGCGAUCUCGAAAAAGUUCUACAACACAAUGCUCAAGUUCUGCUUCCCCGAUCGCGACGCGUCCGAAACGGAGGGGAACGACGAACUCGAGGACGGGGCCAGCUCCAGCUCGGCUUCCUCGCUGGCCACCAAAUCGUCCUCCAAGAAGAGCGCUCCCUCCUCCAAGGGCAAGAAAAGCUCCAAGGACAGCAACUUCUACGUCAAGAUCCAGGACGACGUGGAAAAGAUGAAGGAACGCGCCGAAAAGAACAAACUGUUCAUCUACAUCAAAAUCCCGGAGGUGCCGGUGCGCGUCAGCUACAAGGGCAACAAGGAGAAGAACAUCGAGGACAUCACCGACCUGUCGCUGCUGAUUCCGACACUCGAGUACCACAACGUGACUUGGACCUGGCUGGAUCUGCUGCUGGCGAUGAAGUCCGACAGCCGGCGGGUGCUGUUGUCCCAGGCCAUCAAGCAAAAGCUGAAGCUGAAAAAGGUGCUAGUCGACGAGCAACCGUCUCCUCAGGAAGAAGACAAAGCGAAGAUGCUGUUCGGGAACAGGCAUGCGAGAGCUCGCAACAAGCCCGAGAACAAAAGCUUGCGCAAGGGUGUGUUCAAGUUUUCCAAAUCUUAAAAAGAACGAAGCUGCCCACUUUUUCCAUCAAAUUCGACAACUUUGGGUCCCAUGAAAACCUCAGCAAAACCAGAGCAAUAAAUAUCACAGAGCUAGUCCCAACGAGAGAAACAUAUUUAAAGGGUGCAAUUACAACGCACCGCCAACUGCAAAACAAAUACACAUCACGAGUGACCGCGGUAUGGUUCAAGGUAGAUUUCUAGUGCAGAGUAUAUUUAAAAUAUUAGAGGGCUUUAAAGGUGGAGUGGAGCAUCCAUAAAUUACGUGGUUUAGUCAAACUAGUGCUCGAAAAUUAUGUCAGCUUUGGGUGUCUAUUUAGGGGUAGUUCCAGGAAGUUAUAGUUGAGUUAUCACAUCCCUACACUGUGAAAAUUGAACGUAUUUAUUUUGUUUGUGACGAAAAUCAAUUUUCCUCAAAUUAUCAACUCUUAACAGUAGCCCUCAAAAAGGCAAUCUUUACAGUAAAUAUUUCUGUUGUUUUAGAUGGAAUAAGUUGUUUCAAACCAUAGACCAAAAACUUUAAUAUACUGAUAAAACGUAUUACAAAUUCAAA